AUGGAUGAGGAAUCUGUGCUCAAUUUCUGCAGCAUCACUUCGUGUGACCCUGAGAAGGCCGCGCAGUAUCUGCGAUUGACAGAUGGCAACUUUGAACAGGCUAUACAACUGUUCUUCGAUGCUCCAGGGCUUGACUUCACUCCCUCCGCACCAUCACAACCUGCACCAGCCGCCACUGCCCAGAAUCCCAUAAAUAUCGAUUCCGACGAUGACAUGGAAUUUGAUGCCGCUCCGUCGGGAGCAAACCCGCCUGCACGAAGCCAACCUGGUGUCGAGGACGAUGAAGCCAUGGCGCGGCGGUUACAAGAGGAGAUGUACGGCGGUGGUGGACCUGGAGGAGCUGGCGUCGACGAAGUUCGCGCGCCUAUGCAACGGACAACAGAGACUCUGGUUGGCCCUGGUUCCAAUUGGGGCCCUGCCGACGAAGAGGAGGACAUAGAUGCUCUAGUGCAAGAACAGCUGGCUCGCCGUCGAACUGGCCGCGCCGGCAUCUUCAACCAACACACAACCCACACGAACGUUUGGGACACUACCACAGAUUCGAGCACGCGGCGACGAGAGCUUGCGACCGCAACGGGAGGAUCAUGGGAGAAGGCACGCGACAUGGGAAAGGAUGAGGAGAAGUGGCUGCUUGUGAAUAUCCAAGACCCAGCAAUCUUCGAUUGCCAGCGCCUAAACAGAGACAUCUGGAAGAACGAAGACAUCAAAGCCACUGUCCGCGAGAACUUCAUCUUCUUGCAGUACGCAAAGGACGAUCAGCGUGGACAACAGUAUAUGAACUACUACUUCCACGCUCGCGACAGCUCAGACGCUUACCCACACAUCGCUAUUGUCGACCCUCGAACUGGCGAACAGGUCAAAGUAUGGUCAGGCCCACCGAUACCCGAGGCCGUCGAGUUCCACGCCCAGCUCCACGAAUUCCUCGACCGCUACAGCUUGAACGUCAACGCAAAGAACCCGGUGGCGAAGCGAAAGUCAGAGUCGAAGAAAAAGGACGUUAACCGUAUGACCGAGGAGGAGAUGUUGGAGAUGGCACUGCAAAACAGCUUGGAGAAUGGCAAAGGCCCACAGGAAGACGACCCUGAUGCUCUCACCAAAUCGACCGACAACAUCAAGGGCAAGGGCAAAGCUGAAGAAGCCGCGCCAGAACCAGAGCCAGAGGCUGCUCCGUCAAAUCCAGCUUUUGCUGCUAUUUCCGCACAGGCUCCUCACACUGAGCCCACGGUUACCGAUCCAAAGGUAACCACGCGCAUUCAGUUCCGAGGCCCAUCGGGCCGACCUAUUGUCCGCCGAUUCAACCUCGCAGAUCCUGUCCGCCGCGUGUACGAGUGGAUCAAGUCUGAUGUGCCCUGGGAAGGCAAGCAAGGCGCCGAGUUUGAUCUUUCCUUCAUGGGCAAGAACCUCAUCGAGCAUCUAGACGAAACGGUCGAAGCUGCCGGUCUCAAGGGCGCAAGUGUCAUGGUUGAGUUUAUGGACAGCGAAUAA